GGGCACUGUUGUCACUGUCUCGCGUUUAUCAUCUCCUGAAGCAACGUCAUCACAUUUUACCAAAUGUUGUGGAACAGCGUGGAAAAGACUGUCAGCUGUCCAACCCAAAAUGAGGGAAUCCGUUCUCCUGCUCACAUCAUGUGUAGUAGUUUGUCUCCUCCUGAGCUUCAGCCAGGCUGCCAGACAAGGACAGGACAUCAGAUGUGGAGCCUGCAGGGCUCUGGUGGAUGAGAUGGAGUGGGCCAUCUCCCAGAUAGAUCCCAAGAAAAUGAUCCAGACGGGAUCCUUCAGGAUUAAUCCGGACGGGAGUCAGUCUAUCAGAGAGGUGAGACAACCAUGAGGUGUCCAUGAUCCC